AUGCACAUUCACCUUGAUCCGUUUUACAUAAGUAAAAGUGAUCCUAAACAAUUAUGUCACCGACAAAACGAAACUAAUCCUGAUGUAAACACUGCAGGAGAAUAUGGAACUUUAUUAUCUUCAUGUGAUACUCCAUAUGCUUUAAGCAAUGAAACAGUUUCAUACUUACAAAAUUCUUUUAAAGAUAUCGAUUUUAUUAUUUAUACUGGAGAUUUCAUUAGACAUGAUCGAGAUAAAUCAAUCCCUAGAACUAAAGAUCAAGUUAUUUUCGGACAUGAAAUUAUUGUUAAAUAUUUUACGGAUAUUUUUAAUCCUGACAAGAUUAAGUUUUUUCCCACAUUGGGGAACAACGACGAAUUUGAACAUGACCAACUUCCACCUGGUCCAAAUGAGCUAUUAACGGCCGUGCAAAGCGCAUGGGCUCCUUUAAAAUUAAAUUUAACAAAUGACUUUUUAGUUGGUGGCUAUUUUCGUCACGAUAUUAAUUCAAAACUUUCGGUCAUAAGGUAUCAACAAUAUAACGAAUCAUGUUAUAAUUCUUAUGUUGAUUUGCUUGGCCGUUAUCAUGAUGUUAUUUAUGGCCAUUUUACUGGACAUACAAAUGAAGAUAAUACAGCAUUUCUCGUAUCAAACUCAUCAGGAUAUAAACUUAUUGGACUUGGCGACCCUACAAUAUUAAAGUCACCUGAUAAUUAUAAAAAUAUAUUAAUGCCAUUAUAUAAUGCUCCUUCAAUUGUUCCGGACAUCAACCCUGCAUUUCGUGAAUUCACUUACUCUACUUCUAAUGAAACCUUUGGCAAAUUACAAAAUUGGGUUCAAUAUUAUAGUAAUUUACAAAAAGCCAAUCUAGAAGGAAAGAUAACUUGGGAAAUUGAAUAUACCACAGAAUCUGCUUACAAUUUGAAAGGAUUAGAUGCAAAUGAUUGGGCUGAAGUAUUAGCUAACUUUUCUUUACCAGAUUCUAAUACUUGGAAAUUGUAUAAAUACUUUCUUUUCGCUAGUACUAAU